UUUCUGUCACUGCGGGCGCUGAAACACAAAACCUUUCCUGGAAACAGCUUCCAAGAAUCCGUGCGUCGGCCUGAUCUGCGCUGUGUACUUUGCAAAGAGCUCACCCAGACGCCGUUUCACCAGAAGAGCGCACGGACGCUUUUUUUUCUCUGUUUCUGACUUUUAUGCUUAUUUCAAAUUCGUUGCAAAGAUUCGUUUUUAUUUUAUGGUUGCCACCGUGUUGAAUUUUCUCGAAUUGAGGUCUGCUGUACGUCAGAAAUGGUAGCCCAGUCCAUAUCCAUUUUGCACCACGGGGAACAAGGAGGUUCCUGCUCACCACAACCUCCUCCUCCACUCUGGGACCCGGCAGAGGACCUCCGCUGCAUCACCACCAACUUCCAGUACCUCCAGACCUCAGGUUGGUACUGGGGCUCGAUCUCGGCCAGCGAAGCUCGGGAAGCUCUCCUGACGAAGUCUGAAGGCACAUUCCUGGUGCGUGACAGCACCCACCCUCAGUACAUGCUGGCCCUGUCAGUGAAGACCUGCUGUGGACCCACCAGCGUGCGCAUAGAGUACAACAGGGGCUGUUUCUGGCUGGACUCCACCUCCCCCGGCGUUCCCCAGCUGAAGUCCUUCCCUGACGUCCUCAGCCUGGUCCAACACUACUCCCUCUCAGGCCAGACGUCGCGGGACCUGGCAGCGAUCCGCCCUCAGACAAAGACUGACGCUAAAGACAGUGGAGUCCCUCUGAAGCUGGUGCGUCCUUUGCACAGAUCGCAGGGUUUCCCCUCUUUGCAGCAUCUGACACGUCUCGCCAUCAACAAACACACAAAAUCCCCCGAGCAGCUGCCCCUCCCAAAGCCUCUGCUGCGCUUCCUGCGGAACUACCCCUUCUCUGUAUGAGGACCUCCGAGGGGCAGAGAAAGACAGUCACACAGUGAGGGUCACUCUUCAUGACCACACGCUGUGAGUUUGUGAUAGCGUUAGACCCUGCGUGACAGGAUGGCCAGGGGAGGGGAAGACUGAAAUGGUUCAAGCACAAUAGACCUCAGUGUGACCUCACUGCUCACGAAUGAGUUCAGUCUUACUCCAGCACAGAAUUUUUCUUUAAAUUAUUUUAUGUUCGCCUUAGCCACUGUGAAACGUGAAAUGCCAAUGUGUGCGUUUUUACUUUAUUUCUGAUGUCUAAUUUACCACCAGUCACCAGUCAACCAAUAAAUGAUUGAAUCAGUGAAAAUGUGACGAGAGUAGAAAAUGGGUCAGGUUUGGAUAUCGAAAAUAUCUGCUAUUUGGAGCUUAUUGAAAAAGUCUCCUUUGCAAAGAAUGAAGUCAAGGAAGAAAAUGUAAGUGAAUUUGAUCAGACUAUUGCUAUAUGAUGUUCCAACUGGAGAACCUGUUGUAGUUUACAAGCCUUUUUUUAAAAGAUAGAAAUAAAGAAUUUGUUACGGUGAA